AUGUCCUCAAGCUCCACCGACCUCGAUUUAUCGAUAGCAUCCAAUGUCAUCACAUACCUCUCCGGGACCCCGUUUUCAAGCUACCAAGCCGACAUUCUCCCUGGUGGAAAUGCAAACUUCACCUUCCGACUUUUCCUCGACAAUCCCAGUCCUAUGAUCAGUGGUGGCAUGAAAACCGUUGUGCUCAAACACGCGAAAGGAUGGUCUAAGAGUAGUCCCUCAUUUACGUUGAAGAUUGAGAGACAGGCCAUCGAAGCUUUUGCUCUUCAACGGGUCCGUCAGAUCUUAGAUGACUCCGAAAAUGCUGGAAGCUCACUGGUUACGGUCCCAAGAGUGCUACUACACGACCCUGUGGCACAUGUUAUUAUCAUGGAGGAUGCUGGAGAAAAUUCAGAGCCACUCAAAGCACUUCUGCGCAGAACCAGCCUUCCUUCAGGCAAUCUAGCGCGCUUAUGCCAUGACCUGGGCCAUUUUCUUGCCGACAUCCACAAUCGGGGUAGCAAAGACCCGGAGCUUAUGGAGAAGGUUGGCUCGAAUGAAGAAAUGCGCAGUAUCACGAGCUGGAUAACAUACGACCGCGUCGUCCCAAUCUUGCGAGGCGAAAAGGAGUAUAGUGGACUUCUCUCGCCGUCGCUCCUCGGCGCCGACGGGUUGUCAGAGCAGGACAUGGCUCGAAUAGGCCAACUAUGCUCUCAACGAGCUGCCGAAAUUCGGGCCGCUGUCGAAGUGUUUACGAUGGGUGACUUUUGGACGGGCAACAUCAUCUGUCGGCGCGACGCUGCGUCCGGCGCAGUCGAAAAGGCCUUCGUGGUCGACUGGGAAGUCACCAAACCCGGCAUCCCGUUUCUUGACUUCGGCCAGCUCGCCGCCGAGUUGUACACAAUUGGGUGUUUCCACCCGGAAAGGGAGGAAGAACUGCGCGAUGCGCUGAAAGCGUAUGGGAAAGCUUAUGCAAAGUCACGAGAAACAUCCGUGGACGAGUUGUUUGUUCGGGGAGCUGGAAGCCAUCUCGGCGCUCAUUUAGCUGUGAUUACGCCGACUGUGGAAGGUUGGGGCACGAGAGAGCAGGUGCGGGAAGUGGUGAAGCAAGGAACAGAAUUCAUAUUGAAGGGGAUCGAAGGUGAUAUGGUGUGGCUACAAGACUCCGUUGUUGGAGGAUUAAUGUGA